ACAAUCCCAUAAGAGAAAGAAAAAAAAAGAAGAAGAACCCAAGAUCGACUCUAACUACUCUCAUCUUUCUUCCUCGGCUUACGGAACUCCCUCACAUAUAUAUCCACAAGAACCCAGAUCGAAGACUCUUCCUACUUCCUAUACAUAACAUAUUAUACAUGGAUCAGUACUCAUCAUCGUCUUUGGUCGAUACUUCUUUAGAUCUCACUAUCGGCGUUACUCGUAUGCGAGUUGAAGAAGAUCCACCGCAGACAAGUGCUUUGGUGGAAGAAUUAAACCGAGUGAGUGCUGAGAACAAGAAGCUCUCGGAGAUGCUAACUUUGAUGUGUGACAACUACAACGUCUUGAGGAAGCAACUCGUGGAAUAUGAAAACAAGAGCAACAUGACGGAGAGAGACCAAACCAGUCCUCCCAAGAAACGCAAAUCUCCGACCAGAGAUGACGCAUUCAGUUCGGCGUUUAUCGGUGGAGUGUCGGAAAGUAGCUCAACGGAUCAAGAUGAGUAUCUGUGUAAGAAGCAGAGAGAAGAGACUGUUGUGAAGGAGAAAGUCUCACGGGUCUAUUACAAGACCGAAGCUUCUGACACUACUCUUGUUGUGAAAGAUGGGUAUCAAUGGAGGAAAUAUGGACAGAAAGUGACUAGAGACAAUCCAUCUCCAAGAGCUUACUUCAAGUGUGCUUGUGCUCCAAGCUGUUCAGUCAAAAAGAAGGUUCAGAGAAGUGUGGAGGAUCAAUCAGUGUUGGUUGCGACUUAUGAGGGUGAACAUAACCAUCCAAUGCCAUCCCAGAUAGAAUCCAACAAUAGCUUAAACCGCUACAUCCCUCUUGGUGGUUCUCCUACAGAAGCUGCUGCAGCCAACAGAAGUAGUAGCUUGACCGCGCCGGUGACUACAGUAGAUCUGACUGAAUCCAAGAAAGUGACAAGCCCAACAUCAAGAAUCGAUUUUCCAGAAGUUCAGAAACUUUUGGUAGAGCAAAUGGCUUCUUCCUUGACAAAAGAUCCUAACUUUACAGCAGCUUUAGCCGCAGCUGUUACCGGAAGAUUGUAUCAACAGAAUCAAACCAAGAAAUAGUUUAGUUUCAAAUUCCGUUAGUGUUAAUAGAUUGAAAAAUUUUCAAGAGAAAGAGAGAGAGAGUAGAUUAUAAUCCAUUGAUACCGAAAAUGUAACAUGUAAUCCUUUUCAUACAAUCUCCAAUACAUUCGGCUUAGAAACUCCUCCUAGCUUGACAACAAAAACAUCUGUACAAAUGCAAACACAGCACGAUAGCUAAGCAGUACAUUGUUAAACUA